AUGUGGUUGACUCGAAAACAGUUUCCACCAAAGCAACGACCACUAGAAUCACUUCGGCGACUGUUUCAUCUACCCGAAGCGUCCAACAUACUAGUGUGUCCAGCAGCCAGCGAUUGUCGCGAGCUACUACACGAAAGGACUUCGUGAAGGGGGGGCCAAAGGAAACUGCCGUAGGUGCCGUCGUCAAGAAGGCGGACAAGGAACAAGCGAACAAGGCGACCAAGUCAACCGUUCUUCCGGCCGCCCUAAAGACUAGCAAGGACCGUGUGAACAAAAGCUUGAUCCCCGUGAAGGUUCCUGUGAGCAGGCGUGAUCCUUCCACUUCUCCUAGCAAGUUGACACAGGCUAAGCAGAAGCGUGACUCGUCAGCGCCCCAAAUAGCGAAGGCGAGCCCGGAAAAGGUUGCCCCGAUGCGGGAGUCAACGGUGGUGCAGAUCAUCUCGAAAUCGGCACCCCGUGUAACCAGCACAAUCCGGCAUGGUGGCAAGGACGAUGCCCUGCGGUGCAAAUCGGCGAUGCACUAUUCGCACUACAAGGAUGCAGUCACGUUCGAGCACGCUGAGAUCCCUUCAUCUUUGCCGUCCAGUCCGAGCCGACUGAACAAAAGUUCCUCCAACAGUACAAACGUGUUGACCAGUGAGGUGUUUACGCGCACCAUCGAUGCGUCCAAGUCGAUCGAAGUAAUUUACAAGCAACCGUCCACAUCACACGAGCUGUAUCGCAAGGCGAGCGAAUACGGCCGCUACACAGACGCAGACGUGCACUUUAUCGAGACGACUGACUCGAGCCUGUCGGAUUCGAUAGCGUUGCCUUCCUCGUCCUCGGAACAGGAAAGUGACCCCGUGGACCAGAACCAGAAGCAAUCCGGCAGUCUCGGGUCACCGAAGCAGACGAGCUCCUCCUCUGCCGUGACGACCAUGACGACCAUGACUAGAAAGACCAUUAACCAUGCACACCCCUCGAAACCACGCUCGGCCGGUACCGGUCAGCGGGCUCGCACACACUCGCCAGCCGAGCCCCGAUAUCGCAUGUCAGAUAUUUGGAGCCGUACCGAUCCACCAGCAUCCAGCCAAGAGCUCCCGGAUACGUCGGAGGAUAGCGACAUGUGCUACUACCGUUACCAGCAGGCACACCACCAGCAGCACCAGCCCCCGCCGCACUACCAUCUGCAGCAGCAGCAGCAGCAGCAGCAGUAUCAGCUGCAGCAGCAACAGCAGCGCCAGCAGGCUGCGGCGAUGGCUGGCAUCGCUGAUCGGCGCAUGGCUACGUCACUCGAUGGCAUCGUACUCGAGAGUAGCAUCUCUCCCAUACUAGACUUCCGGGCAUCGACGCCGCCUCGUUUGAAGUAUAAGUUUGAUUACGAUAGUUCUCUGUUUACAGAUACAUUCACCGACGUACACGACGAUGCCUUACAGACGUCGGCCAGUUUCGAAGGCGAUGAGUAUCUGGUGCUGGUGCAGUCCGAGGCCGGCCAGCUUAUCGAUAGUGUGCUGGAGCAGAGUGUUUCGAUCGUAAGCAGCUCGCAGCCGGCGGGUCCGCUGACGAACGAUCGUGAACACCAGGCACCGUCCGAAAGCGAACAGUACGCUAUCCGCAGCGAUAUUCUGUCAUCGACUGACGGCGACAUGGUCGUCAAGUCACCGACCAUCGAGUCGAUGUCGGGUAAAUCGUUCGACGAUAACAUGAGCAACCCCGAGUACGAUGCCCUCUUGUUGGAGACCGCACUGACGGCGCCAUCCUGUGUCCCAGCGGCUACUAGUCAGCCUACUUCUGGUGAUGGCCAUGAGGAUGUGCUGGACGACCAGAUCUCGAAUGCGCAUGAUCUGCCGCAGGUUGCUCCCACGGUUGAUCUCGAUGAGGGUGCAGAUAAUGAUAAUGAUGAUGAUGAUGAUGAUGAUGAUGACGGUGAUGGUGACGAUAGAAAUGUUGAAAAACCGGCAUGCGGCCCACUGGAGGCACUAACGGCGGCAGCGGCCGAAUCUGCAACAGCUCGCCGAGCGAAAAAGAUCGAACGCAAGUAUGCGCGCCUGUCCGCCGACUUGGGGCCGGAGGUGCUGCUCGAUAAGAACCCCGAGUACGAUGACGCCAUCUCCCAGAUCAAAGACGAAGUGUCGAUGCUGCAAAGCGAGUAUUCCAAGCUGAGCUGGGACGAGAGCAUGUCUGUGACGACGGGAGACUUUGGAUCCAGCACACCCGAUAACGACCUGCAAGAAACAGAAAUGCAACUGCAAACAGACACUAACGUACCACUGACAGCAUCCCGCACCCAAGCCAAACCAAUAGCCACCGACGUUGACGACGCUGCCAUCGCUGUUGAGCAUGAUGGCUCCGAAGACGCUUCUAUCACCAGCGUCUCCGCGUAUGUUGCCGUUGCUAGUGGUGCGGCAGAUGUUACCGCUGCUACUACUAGUACUGUCGCUACUGACGCCACUGCUACUAACGCUUCCGCUUCGUCCGGCGUGCUGGAAAUGGUCGUGGAGCAUAGCGCUGCCACCGCGGUCACUACAUCGCUGGAAUCCACCGUGAGCUCCGUGCAUCAUCACGCCCGGGCGGAGGAUCAGUCGGCCUCGGUGACGACACUGAGCGAACCGGAGAAGGGUAGCGACUCGCCGUCGAGCCUCGACGGCCAUCCGGUACCGAAGGGACGAACUAGCAUCUCAUCGCGCACGGACACGGCAACCCGGUCGAGCCUGUUGGAGUCGUUCGAGCAUCAGGACUCGAUCGAACAGUACCCGGAACCGGUGGCACCGGCCGAGCUGGAUCGCUAUCGCCAAGGUUCGAUCACGUCCGACGAUAUGUCGAAUGUGGCCCAGAAGGAUUCGAGUGAAAUGGUAACGAGCGAGGAGGACAUCUCGACGGCCGGGGCCAAGUUCUUUAUCGGCGAGUGUAGCAGUGACAUCAUCACGCGCACACCGGCCACCGAUAAGCGGCAGGAGUUUGCCUUCGAUAACGAGGGCUACACAUUCUCCCAGGAGUCGCAGGAUGCAAGCGAAGAUUCGAGCCGAGUCCGCGGUGACACAUUCCAGGAGUAUCAGCAGCAGAUCAAACAGGAGGACGGUUUUACGCUCGAUUCGUUGAAGGAACUGGAUGAUAUCAGAUCGACGGGAAUGGGUCCGGUGCUGCAUUCACCAAUUGUCGCCCCGGAAACCGAACCUCCAGCAGUGGCCCGGGAUAGCGUGGAAGCACGCAUCGAAUCGCUUCAGUACGCGGCAAUGACGUCCGAUGAGCUGGCUAUCGCCAAGACGCUCGACGAGGUGAAGGAAUCGCUGGACGCAAUACAGGACGAGCUGAUCGAAGCAGGCGUGAUGGACGGAACGCCAAUCAAGCAGUCACCGUCGGAGUUUGAGUUGAAGGUACUGCCCUCGUCCCGGUACGCCCAGGAUCCGAUCUACGAGACGAAUCAGGAAAUUGAAACCGUUGCACCCGUAACGGGCGCGGAAACAACCACCCUGGCCACUGGCGAUGCUUCGGAGAGUGAUGAGACCGGUUCCGCCAUGGCAGGUCCACCGAUUCGAAUUGAUGAGGUCGUCGCCACCGCCGCCGCCGCCGCCGCCACGACCGGUUCGUCCGAUAGUUCGCAAACGAAGCUUGAUGUUUCGAUGCGCACGCGGAAAGGGCCACACUCGGCGGUGCACGUAGCGGCUAGCAGCCGUUGGUCCGCUACCGAUGUGGACAGCUCCGGGGAGAGUCACUACCAGAGCCUGGAACACACCGACAGUAGCCGGCCCGUAUCGUCCGAUCUGGAGAACGUGCUGCAGUACGUCUCGUCCGAGUACGAGACGGCACUGGAUCACUCGACCGUGCGUACAUCGGGCACCACCGGCACCGAGUACCACAGUGCCGUCAGCACGCUCAACUCCUACCAAGCCGGAUCGCAGCACGACAGCAUGAAGAGUUUCGAUUCGGAAAGCUCGGGAAAUCUAGCCAGCAUUGAAUCGGAAGCCACGGAAACGCUCGUCCCUUCGACGAUGGAUGUUGACUUUGAUUCAUCCGAUGCGGCACUGCUGCACGAAGAUUCCGAAGAUGAUCUGCGGGAGAAGGUGGUGCUGCUGAUGGACACGGAACCGGAGGAACCGGUUGCCGGUGCAUCGGCCGCUUCCAGCAGCAUCCCGAUCGCGAUGAAACGUUCGCACGAGAUGGACUUUGCGGAGCUGUCAGGGCCGCCGGAUGCAGAGGCCAUCGAUGCCGAUCUGCUGGUGCGGGUGCAGGAAGAAAAGCUCAGCUCCAGCAUCGGAACGGCACACGAUCUGGUCGAGUCGAUGCAAGCCAUGUCCGGGUAUGAGGAUGCGAAAACGGACGGAGGUUUCUCUGAGGAGGCCAAGCUGGGUACGAGCCUGGAGGAUGGUAGCAUUCUCUCGAUCAGCUUGUCCAGCGCGUCCAAUCUGGAGACGAUCAUGGAAACAACCGUACCAUCGACCUCGGCAGUGACGCAUGCGGAUGUGGGGCUAGAUGCCGUCACACCAACCAGCACGAUGCCCGGUGGUCCCGGGGCCAUGAUCAUCGGAGACAUUACGCUCACUUCGACCGUGCUGACGGAGGGCAACGUAAACUUCCUCAACACCCAAGCCACCACCGAGAUGAUCCAGACCGUAACGACCAGCACCACCGGCGUCACGGGCGUCCCCGCUGGCCAGGGUGACGAUUCGACGGAGGAAUCGAGCAGUGAACCGCGUAGCAAGCGCGGGCACAAGCGCACCGAAAGCACCACAAUCAUUUCCGGCAAGUUUGUGGCGGAGAUGGGCGAGAAUCGGGAUUCGAUCGAAUCGCAGGAUGAGUCCCUAUCGCUGGAAGCUUCGAAACCACCGUCCUCGAGCUCGGAGCGGGAUGAAAUGCGCGACGAAUCAUCCGAUUCGGACUACGAUCGGUACGAGAGUGAGUACGCCCGCUCAUUCCGGGCACCGGUGGCACAGUCGAAGAAGAAGGACAAAAUGGUGGGCGAUGUGUUCGAGAAGGAUCUGGGGGAGCUGGAUCGGCGCAACUCCUUCUCACCGUCCCAAUCG